CCAAUCCGCCUCAGUCUCGUCCCACUCACUCUGCCUGCCUGCCCGGCGUUGACAACCGCCACUCCUCUCCACCGGCCAGCACACGUUGUCGCGAGUGUUUUUUGCAAGAAAGACACAGCGGACACCUCUUUUAUUUUUUGCAAAACCCCAUCCAGGUAUACCCUCAUCUUUAAAAAGAAGAAAAAGACCAGGAAAAAGUCACUAUAUUCCAAAGCUCGCAAAAAUGUCUGGAGAAGACGCACCUGUCCAGCAGCAGAACGCAGUGGACCAGAAGCAGGACUCCAAGCCCAGCGAGGAGCCCAAGACAGAGUCGGAGCCCGUGGCCGCAGGGGCCGCCGACGCGCCGGCGGCUGCGGCGGACGCGGCGACCACCGAGAAGGUCCCCGAGGAGGAGGCGUUCACGUACCGCGCCCUGGUGCUCACCGGCUACGGCGGCUACGACAAAGUCAAAGUGCAAGUGAAGAAGGGCAAGCCGGCCCUGAAAGCGGCCGAGGUCCUGGUGCGAGUCAAGGCGUGCGGGCUCAACUUCGCCGACUUGAUGGCGCGUCAGGGGCUCUAUGACCGGCUGCCGUCCCCGCCUGUCAGCCCGGGCAUGGAGUGCUCCGGGUUGGUGGAAGCCGUCGGGGAGGAAGUGACGGACCGAAAAGUGGGCGACAAGGUGAUGGUCCUGAGUCGCUUCGGCCUGUGGCAGGAGGUGGUGGCGGUACCGGCCAACCACACCAUCCUCAUGCCGGAGGGCAUGAGCUUCGAGGAGGCCGCCGCUAUCCCGGUCAACUACAUCACCGCGUACAUGAUGCUGUUUGACUUUGGUCACCUGCGGCCCAACCAGAGCGUCCUCAUCCACUCGGCUGCAGGUGGCGUGGGCACGGCGGCCACGCAGCUCUGCAAGACCGUGAAGGACGUCACCGUGUUCGGCACGGCGUCGGCCAGCAAGCACGAAGCUAUCGGUCAGGCGGGCGUCACGCAUCCUAUCGACUACCGCACCAAGGACUACGUGGAGGAGGUCCGCAAAAUCAGCCCCAAAGGACUGGACAUCGUGCUGGACCCUCUUGGAGGAUCGGAUACCCACAAGGCCUACAACCUGCUUAAACCCAUGGGCAAACUUAUCACUUACGGUGCCGCUAACAUGCUGGCGGGCCAGAAGAAGAACUUGCUGGCUGUGGCUAAGAAUUGGUACCACCAGUUCUCCAUCCACGCGCUCAGCCUAAUCCAGAGCAACAAAUCGGUGUGCGGCUUCCACCUGGGCUACCUGGACGGUGAGACGGAGCUGAUCCACGAGGCCAUGGACGCCAUCCUGGAACUCUACAAGCAGGGCAAGAUCAAACCCCGCAUCGACUCUACCUGGCACCUGGAGCAGGUGGGCGACGCCAUGCGUAAGAUGCAGGAGAGGAACAAUAUCGGCAAAGUGAUCCUCACCACCGAUCCCAUGCCUGAGGAAGAGAAGAAGGAAGAGGCGCCGGCGGCCGACAAGAAGAAGGAAGACAAGAAGAAGGAGGACAAGAAGAAGGAGGAUAAGAAGAAGGACGAGGGCAAGAAGGAAGAGAAGAAGGAUGACAAGAAGAAGGAGGAGCCCAAAAAGGAGGAGGAAGAGAAGAAAGAAGAGGCCAAGAAGGAGGAAAAGUGAGGAGAGAUUAAGAGUGAUAGGUUGGAGCCGGUGGUGGUGGGAGUGCGCUGGGGUUUAUAUUCUCAUCCAUCUCUUCUUGACUGAUUAUUUUUGCUUGUCCCUCCUUGGUGAGUCGACCAUUACCAUGCUAAAUUGUUGUUACCUGCUCCCCAUUUUACCGUCAUCAACCUCGCCCACAGACAGGCACAAAGACAACCGAGACGAAGCGCACCCGCCCAAUCUCCCCCGGUUAUGUCACACCAAUGAGUCAGCACAGCCCGUGAUUGGCCGACAAUCAGAAAGCGCGGAGAAGUAUCUUCUGCUAAUUAGAAAACGCUCCACAGUUAAUAAUACCCCCUCAUAAAGAGCCUCUGUGUGUGUAAAAUGAAUUGGGGAGCGGGAAGGAAUGGGGCGCUGGGUUCUUUUUUUUCAACCGGUUGACGGGCACAAGCUGAAAGAGGCACUGUCAUGCCGAGGCCUCCCUCUCGCUCCUUUUCAGCGAGAACUGUCCGUCACCCCGACCCCGACAAAAGGGUGGGGGUUCCAGUACAAGCCUCUCUUUCCCACUCCCUCUUUGCUGUCGGCAUAGCAACAGGCGUCCGGCUCGUCGAGAGAUGCCACUACUCGCCCGCCUCCAUGUAUGCCAACAAUGCCCGGCACUAUCUUCCCUUUUAAUUAAUUUAGGUGAUGACACACGUGAAAAAAUGGAGACAUUUCUCUCCCAAAUAAAAGAAAUUAAAGCCAAUAGUAAUUGAUUAGGAGCGAGUUGUGGCUAAAUUCAGUGCACAGCGCCACCUUCAGGUUAUCAGGGAAAUUGCCUUCACAAAUUCAAUGUUAAAGUGGUAUGAAAAAGUAUCUGAACCUUUUGGAAUUUCACCAUCAAAUGUGAUCUGAUCUUUGUCAAAAUCACACAGAAGAAAAUAGUGUCUGCUUUAACUACAACCACCCAAAAAUUUAUAGGUUUUCAUAUUUUAAUGAGGAUAGCAUGCAAACAAUGACAGAAGGAGGAAAAAUAAGUAUGUGAACCAUCACAUUUAAUGCUUUGGGAACCCACUUUAGUCUGGCACAUCGAUUAGGAAUAAUCUUGGCCCAUUCUUCUUGACAAAACUGCUGCAGCUCAGUCAGAUUUCUGGCAUGAAUCGCUGUCUUUAGGUCAUGCCACAGCAUCUCAAUAGGGUUCAAGUCUGGAAUUUGACUUGGCCACUCCGAAACGUGUGUUUUGUUCUUCUGAAACCAUUCUGAAGUUGAUUUACUUCUAUUUUUUGGAUCAUUGUCUUGUUGCAGCAUCCAUCCUCUUUUUAUCUUCGAGUAUCUGACAGAUGGCCUCAGGUUUUCCUGCAAAACAUUCUUUUGAGUUCAUUCUUCCAUUAAUGAUUGCAAGUUCUCCAGGCCCUGAGGCAGCAAAACAGCCCCAAAUCAUGAUGCUCCCUCCAACAAGCUUCACAGUGGGUAUGAGGUGUUGAUGUUGGUGAGCUGUUCCAUUUUUUUGCCAACAUUAAACGAGCAACAAUUUGUUUUUUUUUUAGACAGCAGUGGCUUCCUCUGUGGAGUCCUCCCAUGAACACCAUUCUUGGCCAUAGUUUCACAUAUAGUUGAUGUGUGCACAAAUAUAUUGGACUGUGCCAGUGAUUUCUGUAAGUCUUUAGGAGACACUCUUGGGUUCUUUUUUACCUCUCUGAGUAUUCUGCAUGGAACUGUUGGCGUCGUCUUUGGUGGAAGGCCAAUCUUUGGGAGAGAAGCAAUAGUACUAAAAUCUCUCCAUUUGUAGACAACUUCUUUGACUGUCUAUUGAUGAACAUCAAGACUUUUAGAGAUGGUUUUGUAUCAUUUCCCAGCUUUACACAAAUCAACAAAUCUUGAUCUUCAGACAGCUCUUUUGACCUAGCCAUGAUGCACAUCAUACAUUGCUUCUCAUCAAGACCAUUCUUACAAAGGUGUGUGUUUUAUAGUGGGCAGGGCAAUUUUAAACAACUCAUCAGUGACUGGGCACACACCUGACUGAAAAUUAACUCUCCUUAGGCAGAGGGUUCACUUACUUAUUUUCCCCCCUUCUAUCAUUGUUUGCAUGCUAUCCUCAUUAAAAUAUGAAAACCUAUAAAUGUCUGGGUGGUUUUAGUUAAAGCAGACAGUUUUUUUUCAUUUGUGUGAUUUUGACCAAGAUCAGAUCACAUUUGAUAGUGAUUUUACGCAGAAAUGUGAGAAAUUCUAAAAGGUUCAGAUACUUUUUCAUACCACUGUACAUGAAAGUGGAUAUACAGUAUUACAAAAGAAUUUUAAAACCAUUUUUUUCCAGCGAGAAUUAAAAACACAUAUAGACGACAAUCUUAGCACUCCAAUAUAAAACAAUAUUAACAGAUCUAAGACAGUUGAAUAAAUUCAAAAUGCAGAUCAUACGUUUUUACGUACGAUUACGUUCUGCCGACUCCAAUCUCCUCACACCCAUCACUCGCACUAAGCUCCGAACCUUGGGGGACCGAGCCUUCGCCGCUGCUGCUCCCUCACUCUGGAACUCACUCCCAAAACCCAUCAGGAAUCUGGACUCAUUACAAAACUUCAAAUCACUCCUAAAAACCCACCUGUUCAAACUAGCUUUUCCCACCUCUUAAUUCUGUCUAUGUGUUGUUAUGUAAAGCGUCUUUGAGUGUCCAAAAAAGCGCUAUACAAGUUUGAGGUAUUAUUAUUAUUAUUAUUAUCAUUGUUCCAGAUACCAUAGACUUCAUAAUUGUAUUGACAGGUCAUAUCCGUCAGUCACUGCCCAACGCCUUUGGGUAGAGGUGGGAAUCUUUGGACACCUAACGAUUCGAUUACGAUUCAGAGGCUAUGAUUCGAUUAUAAAUCGAUUAUUGAUGCUCCCCCCACCCCCCGCCCAAGCUAUCACCAUUGACUCUUGGUAGCUUAGCCACUCCGGAACCCUGAAAAACAAAUAUCUGACUAAAUUAAUUCCACUAAUUAAAGCCCCUCUAACUCAAAGAUUAAGCCUAACGUCAAAAAUUCUGAACUUCCACUUUAAGUCCCAAAUACGUCACAAACUAGCGCUGUCUGUCCGUCUGCCUGCCUGUCUGAAAGCGGUGAAUUGCUUUGUAAAUGUUAUUUUUAAAACUUUAUUGGGGGGAAAAAUUGUUGCGUUGAACACGAAUGGCCUCCCUCGUGCGCCAUGUGCCAUUGUGUGUGCGUCCGUCCUCAGGUCUUCGAUACCCCGAGCCGAGCGAGGCCACCACCACCUUAACCCCGACCGCCUCUUCCGAGCCUGAGCUAGGAGGACAAAGUGAUGUUUUGUAUGUUUUGCACUCUGUCGGCUGAUCCUAAUGCACUUACAAGCGAGGCGCUCGCACCCCAGCCUCGCCCUUCAUCCAUUCAGAUCGAUCGCUUGCGGCGCCCCCCAGUGGGCUGGAGUGCGAGCGGAGCGCGGACCCGUGCGUCCUGUCCGCUGGUUCUGGUUAUGAUGAUUAUUAUUGGUAUUAUUCGUGUUCUGUUCUAAUCUGCUGGGCUCCCUUUGUGAACCUGUGCACGGUGCUUUUGUUCUGAGUGCCAUGUGUGACAAAACACCCCCCCCCCCCCCC